AUGUGGUUUUUCACCACAUUGUUUCUUGGUCUGUCUGCUUCAGCGCCUAAGACCGAUUCUAUUGCGAAUUUCAAGGAUGAAGAUCACUGGACCCGCGAUAAAGCAUCGUCAGCUUCACUCGACGAGUCCGUCUUACUUGGAGCGACUACUUCCGCUUUCCAAAUUGAGGGAGCUCAUCAAAGUGAUGGCAAAGUCAUGUCAAUCAUCGAUACGUACAUGCAAACUCUAGUGGAAAACGAUGAGUUCUUUUAUCCUCUCGAUGCAGCUGAUUCUUAUAACAAUGUGGAAAGAGAUAUUCAGAAUCUUAAAGACAUCGGUGCGAAGUCGUACUCAUUCUCUAUUGCUUCUACCCGUAUUUUGGCAGACAUCAAUGGGGAAGCUAAUCUUAAAGGACUUGAAUACUAUCGGGGUAUUCUAGCGGAUCUUAAGUCCAAUGGAAUUCUUCCAGUAGUUACGCUUAUGGAUGGAGAUUACCCACAAGCAAUCGAAGAUAAAGGUGGAGUACGGGAUCCUGUUUUUGUUGAGUACUUUGCUCAGUACUCGAAAAUUAUCUUCGACAAUUUCGCGAACGACGCGGAUAUCAGCUGGGUGACGAUCAACAAUCCUCAAGACUUCUGCACGCUUGGUUUUACUGCACAAGCCGCACCAAAUGCCACAGAUAUUGUCAGCGGACCCUACACUUGCGGCCACUUUAUGCUUCUUGCUCACGCAAAGGCAGUUGAGCAGUUUCGAAACGGAAACUUUCAGGGCAAAAUUGGAAUCAACCUUCUUGCACCAUGGGGUGAACCAAGAUCGUGGGAAGACGCGGAGCAUGUUGAUGCAGCUGUAAGAUUCUUGGACUUUCGACUUGGCUGGAUGGCUGAACCCAUAUUCGGUUCUGGAGAUUACCCGGAGAAUAUGAAAAUGUUGGUUGCAAAAAAUAACCCUCCGGGAACUUUGCCUGAGUUCUCGGAAGAAGAGAAAGCUUUAUUGCAAGGCUCAGCGGACUUCCUUGGACUUGAUUACUAUGGCGCAUAUGUGGUCCACAACAAUACAGCGUUGGUCGAGCGUGAAUGUGCUUUCUUGUGCGACUCAGAAGUGCUCGUCAUAGAAGACUGGAGGAGUAGAUUUGACGAAGAUGGAAGUCCAAUUGUGUAUUAUGGUCUGAAGCGUGUUCUCAAGUAUAUCAAAGAUACAUUCAACAAUCCUGAGAUCUUCAUAAACGAACUUGGUGCCAGCUUCACUGCUGACUACAAUGAUGUUCAACGAAUAAAUUUUCUGCAAGGGCAUCUUAGUCAAAUUCAACGAGCAAGAAGCGAAUUCAGCGCACGGGUAACUCGCAUCCAUUUUUUCUCGCUUAUGGACGGCCUGGAAUAUGAAAAUGGUUUUUUACAGACUUAUGGGCUUUUUAAAACAAACUACCUUGCAAGUGAUAAGAGAACAAGCAUUCGUCGAACAGGAGAGUGGAUUCGUGACUGGGAUCGAAGUUUUCCUCAAGAUGAGCGUCCGUCAGAUUCUGUGAAGCUUGAGAAUCUUUUCUUUGGCUCUGCAACUUCCGCCUUCCAGCACGAGUCAAUCCUUGUCGCCGAUAGAGCUUGGACUGUGUGGGACUUGAUGGGCAUUCGUGGGCCGCAGAAUUCAGCGAAUAUUUUAGAUCACAUGGAAGACGAUGCUAAAUUAAUGAAGAAAAUGAAAAUGACCCAUUACUUUUUUACAAUUUCUUGGGCGCGAGUUUUCCGUAAUGGAUUCAACGAAACUGCAAUGGCCGAUCAGGAGAUUCUCGAUUUGUACAGAAAGUACAUUGAAGUAUUAAAAGCGAAUGAUAUUAUUCCUAUCGUUGGUCUUUACAAUUGGGAUCUUCCACGAGACGUCGUCUCAGAAUUCGAGGGCUGGACUACUGAUGAAGGAGUCGCUUCUUUUGUAAGAUACGGAAAAGCAGUUGUAGAUGAAUACGGAGAUCUGGUUGACUACUGGGUUACUCUUAAUCAGCCACAGCGAGAAUUAAUGAUGUCUUAUGAACUUGGUUUAACACCACCAAUGCGCCCGAUUGGUGCCCCGGGUGUUCAAGCUUACAAAGUCGCGAAAAAUAUGCUCCUUGGACAUGCGGAUAUUUACAACUAUUUCAAAAGCCGAAAUUACCCAGGAAAAAUGGGGAUUUCUCUCUCUGGCGAUUUUCAUAUACCAUUCAGCAAAACCGAAGACGACAUCGCAUCUGCCAAACUCGCGAAUGAGUUUUUCAUUGACUGGCUUCUUCACCCGCUUAUUGAUGGAAAAUGGCCAGAAUCAAUGUCUGAAAAUAUACAUCCUAUUACCAUUGGAGAUGGACCCUCUAUCAAACGGCUUCCAGCUAUCACGAUUCAAGAACAAAACAAACUCCGCGGCUCUUUUGAUUUCCUGGGGGUCGAGCACGGAAACUACCGAAUGACAGCUGCUGGAGAGCCGAAAACAGACAUCAAUGAGAUUUCAUAUGCCGCGGAUCGAAACGUUCAAGAAGUUCUCCCAUGGAAUUCGCAACAAACUUCAAAUCUUCUUCAACGAGUUUCAUAUUCGAGUGAAACUGUUUAUGACGUAUUGAAAUACAUAUCAAACCAGACCUCAAAACCUAUCAUCUUGAUGUCAGGUAUUGCCGGAGAGUCUGCAGCUAUUGAUGCUCUAGAAAAACGAAGAGGGGGAAUAGUAGACACUGCUCGCACAACUGACGAGAUGAUGAUUCAAUUUACAGAGGCUACAAUUACCCAGCUAAGCAGAGCAAAACAAGAAGGCGUAAAUGUUAUUGGGUACAUUCACUGGAAUUUUGUUGACGGAUACCAGUGGAUAACUCAAAAUGGAGAAGCUUGGGGACUUGUUGGACUUGACUGGAGCAACGCUUCUCGCGAAAGAAUAGUGAAGCCUUUCGGAAACUGGUUCACCGAGUUUAUUUCUAACUCUCUGAGUUCUAGGAGACCGGAACGCGACUAUCUUUCUACGGUUGGCAAAAUCGACUACUGGGAAAGAGAUCAAAUUUAUGUCGGAAAAUUACCAAGUUCCUUUGGAUUCGGUUCUGCAACUGCUUCUUACCAAGUAGAAGGAGCUUGGGAUGAAGACGGCAAAGGAAUGAAUAUUUGGGAUUGGUGGGUGCGUUACCCAAUAACUCUUCCUGACGGCAAUGAAGCCGAAAGAUGUCGAGUAAUGAAUUGUGAUACUGGUGACAUUGCUUGCGACAGUUACCACAACAUAGGAUUCUCCAUCAACUGGGCUCGAUUAUUCCCUGAUGGCUAUGUUAACCACGAACCUUUAGACGGCGGAGUAAACUAUUAUAACAACCUUAUCGAUGCUCUUCUUGCUGAAGGCAUCCAGCCUAUGGUAACCUUGUUCCAUUGGGACUUGCCACUCAAGCUUCAAGAAGACUUCGAUGGAUUUGACUCUCCAAAUAUUCAACAAAUUUUUGCUGACUAUGCAGAAGUGUGCUUUAUAUUAUUCGGCGACCGAGUAAAGCAUUGGUUCACUUUCAAUGAGCCACAUAGCUACUGCUGGCAAGGACAUGACACAGGAAUGUUCCCUCCUGGAAUGGGUGAUAUUACUGGUCGCAACUACUAUAAAUGCGCACACAAUAUGAUUUUGUCUCAUGCCUAUGCAUACAAAAGAUAUCAAGACAAUUACUCGUCUCAAGGAGGUCUAAUUUCAAUCACAAUUGACGCAUUCUGGGCUGAGCCUGCUGAUAAAUGGUCCGAUGCUGACAUUGAUGCUGCCCAACGUUACCUUGUGCAUACUAUUGCUCAUUAUGUAGAACCUUUUUACAAUGGAGAUUACCCUCCAGAAAUGAUAGAGCGAAUUCAAAGAAUUUCCUUGGCUGAAGGACUUGAAGAAUCUCGACUCCCAUCUUUUACUGAAGAGGAGAAAUCUGUACUGGAGGGCUCUAUUGAUUUCUACUCCCUACAGAUGUAUACUAGUCGAGAAGUUAGCGCCGUACCAGAAGACUCGCAAGCGUAUUUAGAUCUUAAGACAAAAGUGGAGAAAUUUAUUGAAGAAAAUAAGGGUACAGAAAGAAAGGAUCUUGCAGAUCUCAUUCAGGAAUUGGCGUAUUGGUUCCGUCCAGGAUGGUAUGGUGAUAUUGGCGCUUGGACAGCAGUCGACUUAGAAUGGGAAUCUGCGGAGUCUUCCUGGCUUCAGCAUACUCCUUGGGGCCUGAGACGAAUGCUUAAUUGGGUUCACCUACGAUUCCCUAACUCGGGUGGCAUCUGGAUAACUGAAAACGGAUGGUCAGACACUGCAGACAAAACUGAUCCACAACGAUUUAUGAAUAUAUAUCAGAGCUUCAACGAAAUUUUAAAAGCUAUCGAGGUUGACGGAGUAGAAGUCCAUGGAACGUGUAUUUGGAGCUUGAUGGACAACUUUGAAUGGACAGCUGGUUACAACGAUAGCUUCGGCAUGUAUCAUGUUGAAUUCGGAGAAGAAAAUCCAGAAACUUGGGCGAAAACUUCUGUACCAAGAGUCGCUAACCUGAUUGCAGACCCUAGCUUUGAAGAUCCAAUGCAAAUUCUCGAGGAUACUUUCACUUUUGGAUAUUUCCCUGCCGAUUUUGUUUGGGGAGGUUAUUCAAAUGCCUACGAAACAGAAAAGAGAGGACAAUCAGAGCAAACUGGAGAGACACUUUGGGAUGUUCAUCAAGUUCAUUUAAUAGAGAGUAGUGAAAUCGAGCUCACGAAUCAGUGGACGCCGCCAACUCUCGCAGCAGAUACUUUAAAUCACAUCCGAGAAGAUAUACAAACCAUCAAGGAUCUUAAGUUAAAGUCCUACACAUUUUCUGUCUCUUGGAGUCGUCUCUUCCCUAAUGAUGACACCACAUUGUCUACUUUUCAACUUGAUAAAUACGUUGAGCUCGCAGAAGGUCUCAAAAAUGCAGGAAUAGAACCAAUUAUUGCUCUCUACAAUUGGGAUAUGCCUCAACGUUUCUUUGAAAAUGGUGGAAAUGGAUGGGAUGGAGAUGUUGUUGGUCGCAUUCUACCGGCUUUCCGAGAUUAUACAGACGCAGUUGUGAAGGCCACGCGUCAUGUCGUCAAGAAGUUUAUUCCCUUCCAGAAUGUUGGACGGGAAGUAUUUGACGGAUACACCGAUGUCAAUUAUCCCCCAAAGAGUGCAACAUCUGAGAACUCUGCUCUUAGAGUAUUUAGUGUAAUUAGCAAUAUCUACCUCGGUCACAUUGUUGCUCACACUCAGAUAAAACGAAACUGCGGAGACUGUGAAAUUGGAUUUGCUUUUGAUCCUCACUCUUUUGUUAUUCCAGCCGAUGAAAACGACGCACUAGACGUAGCUGCCUCUCGACGAUAUAAUGAUUUUGUUUCUGGUUCUCUUCUUCUUCCGAUGACUGAAGGAAAAUGGCCGGAAUCCGUUACAGCUACCUUUCCGGAUUUAAACCCUCCUUCCACAGUGAAUGACCCCGGUCUCUUUGAUUUCAUUACUGUCAGCUAUGAAACUACCGGACUCGCGACUUUCGCUGAUGAAGUCUACUUAAAAGAAGGUGAUGUUUCUACUUUGUCGUCACAUGGAAAUUUUUGGGAUGCAGUUGGAGUAAAAAGAUACAACGACUUCAUAAGCUAUCAAUCAGCAAAGAAAGAACAAAGAUACAAUCCAAAAGGCUUCCAUGAAUUCAUCAACGCCUUCCUCCCAGAGAAUCUUGGCAGUCAAAAAUUCUCAUUGAAUAUUGAAUGGAGCAGUACUUCGGAUUAUCCAACUAAACUAACAGGAGACUCUGUCAUCCCUGAAGUCAAUGAAGGAUGGGGAAUCGGCCGGUCUAAAUAUGUGAACGAUGAGCAUCAAAUGUAUUACUUCAGUACAACCAUAAACCAGGUUCUUUAUGCGGUCAAAACUGGCGUCUCAGUGACUGGUCUUUCUUUUAAUGUUUUUGAUAAAUGGAAUUUCGGUUCAAUGACACAUACUGCCGACGGACUCGUUCGUGUGGACAUGUCCAGCUCGAAUCGUGAGCGAACAGUAAAAGACUCUGGUUGGUAUCUUGCCGAUUUGAUAGAAGUCAAUGGGUAUGAAGAGCGAAAACAGAAUUGUUUCUACAAAGCAGAGCGGGAUGAUUUUUCGGGAGGAAGCUUUCCGGACGAUUUCGAAUGGUCUCUCGCAACAGCAUCUUAUCAAAUUGAGGGAGGCUGGGAUGAGGAUGGCAAGGGCUUGAACACUUGGGAUGUGUUUUCGCACUGGCGCAAGAACGAUUCACUUGUCUCCGAAAUUGAAAUUGUUCCUGAGUGCAGAAUCGAUAACUGUGACAAUGGUGAUAUCGCAUGUGACUCUUAUCAUAAGUGGAGGGAAGACGUCCAAAUGAUAAAAGAUUUGGGAGUCACGCUCUAUCGAUUCUCACUCUCCUGGACACGAAUUAUUCCAACAGGCUAUGUAGAGGAUGGUAUCAACCAAGCUGGAAUAGAUUACUAUAAUAAUCUUAUCAACGAACUUAUUGCAAACGGAAUCGAGCCUGUCGUCACACUUUAUCACUGGGAUCUGCCUCAACAGUUGCAUGACGACUUCCGCGGUUGGCUGGAUUAUGAAUCGGGCAAAAUGGUAAAAGCGUUCGUUGACUUCUCCGAUGUUGCCUUCAAUGCCUUUGGCGAUCGAGUCAAGCGAUGGAUUACUCUUAACGAACCCGCAGUUCAGGCUCGAGAAGCCUAUGGAACUGGAGAGAUGGCACCUGGAUGGGUUGGACAACCUUACUGGUGUGGUCACACAAUGUUACUCGCUCAUGCAGAAUCUUACCAUCUGUACGACCAGAAAUAUCGCCAACAACAAGGAGGAAUUAUUGGUAUCACUCUCAGCUCUGGAUUCGCGGAAGGCCAACAACCUUGGGAUCCUGAAUAUUGGCGAUCAGCAAUGUACGCAGUCGACUUUGAUUUGGGUUGGUUUGCGGAGCCUAUUUUUGGAUCAGGCGACUAUCCGCAAAGAGUGAAAGACAAAAACGGAAACAUUACUCUAAGCGAUAUUAUCCGUGAUCUCGACGUUGAUAUCAAAGAAUUGCCAAAUUUCCCAGGAGAUAAUCUUGAGGCUCUCCAAGAUUUCGUGCAAGAGUUUCUUGACACGUUUCUUCCUUCGUUUACAGAAGCACAAAAAGCAAGAAUUCGCGGGUCAUCAGAUUUCUUUGGGUUAAAUCACUAUACGUCUAGUCUUUCUAAACCAAGUGAUGGCUAUCCAGAAAAUGGUGUCUCUGAUCAAGAAGGGCCUGAAAUAAAUCUCGAUGACAAGGCAAGAACAGACUUUUAUCAAAAUUACAUUGGUCAAAUGUUGCGCGCAAUCAACGAAGACGAUGUCAAUGUUCGUAUGUACACAGCGUGGUCAUUGAUGGAUAACUUUGAGUGGGCAAGAGGAUUCUCCGAACGCUUUGGAUUACACUGGGUCGACUACACGGACCCAGAACGUCCUCGUUACAGGAAAGACUCUUCUUACUGCAUUGAACAUAUCGCGCGAACGAACUCUGUGCCGGGUUCAAAUACGACGGAGUAUGAAACCUGUGGGAAGAACUUGAAGGAGGGAGGAGUAUCGACGGAAAAUGACAACGAUGAUGACGGUCUCGGCGUUGGUGGAAUCGUGGGUAUCGCUGUCGGUUGCUUCCUGUUUGGCUCACUUCUGAGCUUCCUUCUCACCCGAUUUUGCUGCCGUGAUAAAGUCUCGUCUGCAUAA